CCACAGUGACCCUUAUCCCCACUGUGUUUACCCAGGCUGCGGUAGGGGCCGACACGGCCCCCUUGGCCCAGGGGCGGGAGCUGGCCUGGGGGAUAUAAGCAUCCGCUGAGGGGGCACCCAGAGCGCCGCACCCCCAGAGUCCUGCCCAGCCCCCCAGCCCUGCCAAGAUGAAGGUGCUGGUGGCCGCCCUGCUGCUGCUCUGCGCCUGCUGCCUCCAGGCCGCCCUGGUGAGGCGUGGCAUCCCAGACGAUGAGGCCACCCCCCUGGGCACCGACGAUUUCUUCACCCAACACUUCCAGUCCUUCUCCGACUUUGUGACCAAGGACCUGCCCCAGAAGCUGCAGACGGAGAAGCUGCGCAGCCAGGCUGAGGCCUACCUGGACCGGGCCAACAAGCAGCUGGCCCCGCUGGCCCAGGAGCUGCAGAGCAACUUCUACAACUUUUUUUCCUCCCUGGUGGACAUGGUCAAGGCUGAGGGGCAGCCCUGAGCCCCACCAUGACAGCCCCUGCACACCCCCCCGUGACAAUAAAGCUCUGAAGCCGC